CGAGAGGUUUGAAUAACAAUUGGAAAGUUGGAACUCAAGACCAUAAGUGAUCUAAAGAAAGAUUCUGUUGCUUUCCAUGAGAUGAUUAUCUCGAGCAAUGGUGAUCUUGGAGAAUGGUUACAAAAGAUGUCAUCCAUCCUUAUGAAUUUGAAGGACUACGUUGAAAUGGGAAACCCUGAAGCUGAUAAUUCCGAGGCUGAAAAGAGUUCAUUUAAGCACAGAUCUCCCGUUAUCCCAGAUGAUUUUCGAUGCCCAAUUUCUCUAGAACUAAUGAAAGAUCCUGUGAUUGUCUCUACUGGACAGACCUAUGAAAGAUCGUGCAUCCAAAAAUGGCUAGAUGCAGGACACAAGACUUGUCCAAAGACACAGCAAACACGGUUGCAUACUGCUCUAACACCUAAUUAUAUUUUGAAGAGUUUGAUGGCAUUGUGGUGUGAAAGCAAUGGUGUUGAGCUGCCUAAACAACAAGGAGGUUAUAGAAAAAAAAAAAUUGGAACCA